AUGACACUGUGCUUGUGGUCCAUGGUUCACCUCAGAGCUGGGAAUGUACUGACUGUGUCACUCAACAAUCCAGCGUCGACUGAAGCAUCCACAUCACCCGCUCGACCAUCAUCUUCGCCACCUGCAGCUACCGCAUUACCAUCUUCACCUCCGGAUCAACCAUCUAUAGCCGCUCCGCAGCCGGAGGAGGAGCUCAGCGAGCGGGGGGAGCCCGCGUCGCAGCCGGAGGAGGAGCUCAGCGAGCGGGGGGAGCCCGCGUCGCCAGCUGUGGAGCGCAGCGAGCCGGCAGAGCUCAGCGAGCGGGGGGAGCCCGACUCGCCGACUGUGGAGCUCAGCGAGCCGGGGGAGCUCAGCGAGCGGGGGGAGCCCGCGUCGCAGCCGGAGGAGGAGCUCAGCGAGCGGGAGGAGCCCGCCUCGCCGACUGUGGAGCUCAGCGAGCAGGAGGAGCCCGCCUCGCCGACUGUGGAGCUCAGCGAGCCAGCGGAGCUCAGCGAGCGGAGGGAGCCCGCACCACCUGAGGAGGAGCUCUGUGAGCCGGAGCCGGAAUUCGGCGAGCGGGAGGAGCGGCUACCGUCAAGAGAGGGGCCCGGCGGGCCGGAGAAGCGCGCACCGCCUGAGCUGGAGCUGCAGGGGCCAGAGCUGCAGCAGGAGCCGGAGCAGGAGCUCGGCGAGCAAGAGGAGUGCCCGCCAUCGAGAGAGGGGCUCGGCAGGCCGGAGGAGCGCGCACAGCCAUCGGAGGUCGGCGGGCGGGAGGAAUCCGAUCAGUCUACGCGGGGGGGUCAGUGUGCAGGGUCCACGUCCAGCACGCCCUCCACGCUGUCCACGUCCUGUGCGCCCUCCACGCCCUCCACGUCCAGCGCGCCCUCCACGUCCAGCGCGCCCUCCACGUCCAGCGCGCCCUCCACGCCGUCCACAUCCAGCGCGCCCUCCACGCCAUCCACGUCCAGCGCGCCGGGCGUCAUGGGCUGUUCUACUCUGUCGCCCGCCAGAGCUGCAACACUGCUGCUACCGGAUCCGUGGCCGCCCACCGGAGCUGCAGCGCCGCAACCACUGGACGGCAGCACCGCCACCACUGGAUCAGUGGCAGGCCCCCAGAACUGUUUCGUCGCUGCUGCUGAACCCAUGGCUGUCCGCCGGAGAUCCAGCGUUUCCACCAAUGGACUGAAGGAUAGCCGAGCGGAGAAGCGAGUUGGGGAGCACACGCACUAA